ACUUGUGCUUCGCUAAAGCAAAAGUAGUAAACCAAUUCCUUUCUUUCUCUCUCCUUGUAUCUGUUCAAUUAUCAUCAUCUUCAAGAAAGGAAAAAAACACAUAAAAGUGACAGUUGAAUUGAAGGAAUCUUUUUUUCUUUUAGGGUUUCGCGUUUUUUUCUUCUUUGAGUAAAUCCAUGGCGAGUCCUCGGAUUCCGGCUACUCCUACAACGCUUAGGCCGAUAAACAUAACUCCAGGAUCAAGGAUUCUAGAUGUUUCUAGUACUCCGUCAACUAACGGUUGUACUCCUUUCUCCGAUGACGGGAUCUGGAAACGUCUUCGUGAUGCCGGUUUUGACGAAGAUUCUAUUCGUCGGAGAGAUAAAGCUGCACUUAUAGCUUAUAUUGCGAAGCUUGAAGCUGAGAUUUAUGAGCUUCAACACAACAUGGGGCUUCUUAUUUUGGAAAGGAAGGAUUACGCUUCCAAGUACGAGGAAUCUAGAUUAUCUGUUGAAUCUAUUGAAGUAAAACAUAUGCGUGACCAAGCGGCAUUGACAUCAGCUUUAGCUGAAGCGAGAAAGCGAGAAGAUAACCUCAAGAAGGCCUUAGGUGUAGAAAAGGAAUGCGUGGUAAAUCUUGAAAAAGCCUUGCAUGAAAUGCGUACUGAGUGUGCUGAGGUGAAAGUUACAGCAGAGUGUAAAAUUAGUGAAGCACAUACUAUGAUUGAAGCUGCUCAGGGGAAGUUUAUUGAGGCUGAGGCGAAACUUCGCUCUGCUGAAUCGUUGCGAGAUGAAGCAAGGAGAAGUAAAUGUGCUGCUGAAAGAAAACUUCAGGAAGUGGAAGCCCGUGAAGAUGAUCUUCGUCGUCGAAUGGCAUCUUUCAAGUCUGAUUGUGAUGCUAAGGAGAAAGAAAUUAUGUUAGAAAGACAAUCAUUGAUAGAAAGGCAGAAAGUUUUGAGUGAGGCACAAAACAAAGUACUUGAUGGUCAAGCUUUGCUAAAUCAGAGAGAAGCUGAUUUUCUUAUCAAAUCUCAAACACUGAGAAGGAAUGAGAAAGAGCUUGAGGAUCAGAAAGUGAAUCUUACUUCUGAAUGGAAAAUUUUGAAGGAGCAAAAAUCUAAUUUGGAGCUAAAUGCAGUUUCACUUUCUGAAAGAGAGAAGGCUGUUUUUGAAAAGGAGAUUCUGUUGAAUAAGAGAGAGAAAGACUUGCUUGUCUCACAAGAAAAAAUUGCAAGCAAGGAACAUAGUGAAGUCCAAAAAUAUAUAGCUGAACAGGAAAAUGCCUUAAGACACAGAAAAGAAGAAUUUGAAGCUGAGCUGAUGGUAAAACAAAAACUUGUAGAGGAAGAUAUCGAGUCGAAGAAAAGGACUUGGGAGUUGAGUGAGUUGGAUCUUAAACAGCGAGAGGACCAUAUAUUAGAGAAGGAGCAAGAUUUGGAGGUGCAGGCUAGGGUGAUAGCAGACAAGGGUAAAGUUUUAGCUGAGAAUUUAAAGGCUGUUAAAGAGAAGGAGAGCCUUCUCCACAAGUCUGAGAAUGAGGUUGAGCAAAUGAAAAGCACUUUGCAAAAAGAAAGGGAAGAAAUUGAUAAAGUGAAGAUUGACUUAGAGAAGUCUUUGCUUUGUUUCGAAGAAGAGAAGAAGCAAAUUGCUGAGGCAAAAAAAAGGUUGGAGCUCAUGACAAGUGAAUCUAAUGAACUUCUGAUUUUAGAAACAAAAUUGAAAGAGGAAAUUGAUACAAUAAGAGCUCAGAAAUUGCACCUUGAGGCUGAGGCUGAAAAAUUGAAGGUUGAACAGGCGAAGUUUGAGACAGAAUGGGAAGUUAUUGAUGAGAAAAGGGAGGAACUGCGAAGGGAAGAAGAACGAAUAGCUGGGGAAAGACUUGCUAUUUCCAAGUUUCUCAAAGAUGAACGUGAUAGCUUGAACUUGGAGAAAGAGGCUCUUCGUGAGCAAUACAAACAUGAUUUAGAAUCACUUGCCCUUGAUCGAGAAGCGUUCCGAAGUGAGUGUCAACACGAGCAUUCUGAGUGGUUUUCCAAAUUUCAGCAAGAACGUGCAGAUUUCUUGCUAGAGAUUGAGUGUAGAAAAAGAGAAUUGGAGGAUUGCAUCAACAAAAGGCGUGAUGAUAUCGAAAGCUACUCAAAAGAGAAGGAGAAAUCCUUUGAGGAAGAGAAAAAGAGAGAACUUCAGUAUAUUAGUUCCUUAAAGGAAGGUCUGAUGAAGGAACAAGAACAUGUUGCCAUUGCAUUAAAGAAGCUUGAGGCUGAGAAGCUGGAAAUUAAAUCGGAUCGUGAGGAGAGAGACAAGGCAUGGGCGGAGUUACAGAAUUUAAUCGAAGAGCUUCAGAUGCAAAGAUUUAAACUAAAGGAACAGAGGGAACUGUUGCAUGCAGAUAGGGAAAAGAUUAACUGUCAAAUUGAACAGCUUAAAAGAUUAGAGGAUGUGAAAAUUGACUCUGAUAAAAUUAUAGUCCCCCUAACAAAGCAGAUGUGUGCAGAGACUACUCCUGAAGUCUGUGUACACAUUCCUUCUUUGGAACCAACUCAGAAGGUCACUGUUGUAGAAGAUAGACAAGAUACAGGAAGUGAUUCACCUAGCUCUUCUGUUUCUUGGCUUAAAAAAUGUGCUUCGUUGUUGUUUAAACCUUUGCCAGAGAGUGUGUCCUUGAAGCGCUUGGAACCAUCCUUGCAACCUGGAGGUGAAGGACAGUUGGAACUAUCGGAAAAUGAGUGUCUGAGCUUAGAUGGUGUUAUCGGAUCAGAACUGGAAAUUUUCAACAAACAGCACGCUGGAACUGCUGUAGAAGAGCCGAAGGUGAUUCAUGAAGUUCCUUCAGUUGAUGAAGAUUUUAUAGAUCUGGAAGCGACAAUGGAUGUGCGCACAAGCUCUGCCACACCAUCUGAAUUUAGCGCUGGCCAUAAAAGAAGAGUUGACCAAUCUUCUGGUUCUGAGACUGCCGAUGCACUUCGGAAUGAUGAGAAAGUAAAGAGGAGGAAGCUACAGAAAGUAACGGAUGCCUCUGAUGGGUUUCAAAAUGUCACCCCCCAUUGUGUGGAACUGAAGCAGGCAAGUGAUGUAGAUGAUCAAUACCUAAUCAGUGUGUCAACCCAAAGUGUCGAGCAAAGUGAAUUUGGGAAAUCUGAAGAGGAAACCUUUAGGUGUGUCAUUCAAAAGCAGACUUUCAUAGAGGAAGUCCUCAUAGUGGAGGAUGUUGGAGAUGAAAAAAGGAUUGAUGAGGGAUGGCAAUGGGUUGGACUCGGUUCUGAUUAUUCACCCUUUGACUUUGCUCCGGAUAAAGCUUGGAUUAUGUUUUUCAGCACUCCACUCGGAAUCGGAUUAUGCAUACUCCAACUUUCAAGUAUUUUCCACAACUUGGACUCAUUGACUUCUCUUUUCCACAGCUACAAGUCACCUCUUCCAACGAUAAUCACAAUCUUUAUGCCAUGAAUAAUUAGAAAAUAACUGCAUAUUAACUUAUCUCUACACUUUUCAAACGCCCAAGUCCAAAGGGGUGUUAUUACAUUAUUAUUCAUGCAUUGCCAUAUUGGGGUAUCUAGCUUCUCACAAUUUUCCACAAGAUAUAAUGCUAAAUCUUUCUUUAUCAUGCAUCACUGCAGUAUGUAUAGGCAAGUCACCAUUAAUGUCUGGCAUGAUCUUAAUCUUUCAAGAGAAUCAACACCACCAAUGAAAGCAUCUAGCUCGUUCAAAUGUUUGACCCGUUGAAACAUUUACUGGGUCUGCCAUGAAUAGUCCAAAAAUCAGUCAUAUGAACUCAGCCGGUGAUUUAGUGGGUCCAUUUUCGGAGCUUGCCCAUAGCUUCCACUACCAACUUUCCAACAAUACCCAGGGUUAGGGCCGGAGGAUCAG